AACUAGAGAGUCCAUUUCUUCCGGUUCGUCUCAAGAACCAGGAAUAUCACUGUUUUACUCGGUUCCUACUUUACCAGCAGAAGCCGAGAUCCGUGAAUCUAUCUCGUUACAAACCUCACAAAUACACUAUACUCAAUAUGACGACGACGAUGAAUAUCAAGGAUCUGAGCCUGAUCCAGCGCUUUUAACGACAGUUCCAUUAUCAACUCACCAAAAUACACAGACUGCGGCAGAGAUCUAUCGCGAUGUCUCCUCUACGAUCGAAACUAGAAUUUCUAACAAUACUAUGUCCGAGGGAUUACUUCCCUCGUCUUCAAUACCACCCCCUCUAUUAUCUGGCCUUUCACAUCGCAAAUUUAAAGAUCCAGUGUUUGCAUUUUUAUUUAUGAUUGGAUUGAUAGCAAUGACCAUAAUAGGCAUUAGUUUAUUAUUUACAACCAAUUCUUCAUUCAAAGACCAAAACAUUAUUCACAAAUCCGUAUUUUUUGUUAUACGUGAUAGUGCAUGGCCCCUUUUCUUUUCAAUAACAUUUUCUUUAUGUUCAAGCUUCGCCUGGUUAUAUUUUCUCUGCUCAUUUGUUCAACCUUUAGUAUGGGGAACGUUAAUAUCUGUCCCUUUUGUGUUUUCUGCGAUGUUUAUUUGGGCUUUUGCGUCAUCUCUAACUGGGCCUCUCCGAGAAUCUGGAAAGCCAGACCCACAGGAUAAUUGGCUUCUGUCUUUGUCAUUUAUACCAUUCUUCAUUUCCCUCGGAUCUGUUGUAUUUUUAUAUACUCGCAGGAAGAAUGUCAAUAAGACAAUAAAUAUAAUCGAGCUUGCAUGUGAAAUAUUAAAUGCCAACCGUCGGAUGGUUAAUGUUUCAUUAACAAUAUUGGGAGCUUAUAUUUUAUUCACAAUAAUAUGGUUGAUAUUUUUCAGUCGAGUCUUUUUAUUUGGCCAUAUGGUGCAAACAUCAUCAAGCACGUGGAUGUUUUAUCAGAAUUCGCAUUUAAUCAUAUUUUUUGUGUUUAUGUAUUUGUGGACAUCUGCUGUCUUAUAUAAUAUUCAAAGAGUAACUUUAGCGGGAGUCGUAUCUGAUUGGUAUUUUUACAGACGUGAACUAGAUCGAGAUGCAUCUCAAGAUACAUCUAGUUUGGCUUUUCGUAGGGCCACUACAAGUUCAUUUGGAUCAGUAUGCUUGGGUGGACUUAUUCUUUCUACCGCUCAACUCUUACAUCUCAUAAACGAAUUUACUAAAAAAACGUAA